UUCUUACUAAAAUUCUCAACAUCAAUUCAUAUAUUUUGUAAAAGAUAUACACAUAUAUACAUCGAUCUAUAUACACAUUUCAUUCUUUUUAAAAAUCUCAACAACGAUUCAUAACCGAUGUCGACAAAUCCUCCAGUUGGUACUAACAGCCCGACCAUUAUCAACAUCCCGACGACAACGACGACGAGACAGGCUCGUCGUCGGUCAAUACGUUUUCCAAAUUUCCAUGGCGCAAAACCAUUACCUCUAGCAGUCUCACUCGUGAUAGGACUAGUCGUGUGUUUUGCCAUCCCUAGACCAUCAGAGGUCUCAAAGCAAGCAUGGCGCCUAUUCGCUAUCUUUUUGACAACAAUUACCGGUCUAAUCCUCGGCCCAUUACCCGUUGGUUCAUGGGCCUUUGUAUGUUUAACAAUUUCCGUUGUGACAAAAACACUGCCCGUUAAAUCGGCUUUUGCUGCCUUUACAAAUGAAGUGAUAUGGUUGAUUGUGGUAUCAUUUUUCUUUAGUAGAGGGUUCGUGAAAACCGGGCUAGGUGAUAGAUUGGCAAUGUAUUUUGUGAAAUGGUUAGGGAAGAGUACUUUGGGCUUGGCUUAUGGAUUGGCUAUCUGUGAAGCUGUGAUUUCGCCAGCAAUGCCAAGUACUACAGCCAGGGCUGGUGGGAUCUUUUUGCCCAUUAUUAAUUCGUUGGCGAUUGCCGGUGAAAGUAGGCCUAAAGAUGGGUCAGCCCGGAGACUUGGUGCAUUUCUUAUUCAGUCUCAGUUACAGUCAUCUAGCAGCUCUAGCGCUCUAUUUUUGACGGGCGCGGCUCAGAACAUGUUGUGUAUCAAAUUAGCAGACAGUUUAGGGGUGCAUAUCAAAAGUCCAUGGAUCACUUGGUUUAAAGGUUCCUGCGUACCAGCACUCAUUACUCUCAUGUUAACCCCAUUAAUCAUUUACAAGAUCUUCCCUCCUGAAACCAAGCACACUCCAGAUGCUCCAAUCUUGGCUACAAAUAGGCUUGAGGAGAUGGGUCGGGUCAAAAGGGAUGAAUGGAUUAUGAUGGGAACCAUGCUUAUCACCGUUGCAUUAUGGGUUGCUGGAGAGAGUCUCGAUAUUUCAAGUGUCAUUGCAGCAAUGCUCGGGUUAUCAAUCUUGUUGAUACUUGGAGUACUAACUUGGGACGAUUGCUUAAGUGAAAAGUCAGCAUGGGAUACCUUGGUUUGGUUUGCGGUGCUAAUAGGAAUGGCAUCACAACUCACAGAAUUAGGCGUAGUACCAUGGUUGUCUAGAUGUGUAGCUGAUUUUCUCAAAUCUUUUUCAGUAGGAUGGCAAGUCGAGCUUCUUAUUCUGCAAGCCGCUUAUUUCUUCAUUCAUUAUUUAUUCGCUGGCCAAACAGCUCAUGUUGGUGCUUUAUAUUCUGCAUUCCUUUCUAUGCACUUAACGGCUAAGGUCCCCGGAACUCUUUCUGCCCUGGCUUUGGCAUACAACACAAAUCUUAAUGGUGCACUGACACAUUACAGUAGUGGUCAAUCUGCUGUUUAUUAUGGAGCUGGUUAUGUAAAACUUUCGGAUGUUUUUAAGCUGGGGAUUAUCAUGGCUAUAAUUAACAUCACAAUAUGGGGGCUAACUGGAGCUCCAUGGUGGAAAAUUUGGGGACUCUAUUAAGUGAGACUGUUAGAGUAUAACUAUUAUAAAUAUUUGAGAAGUAUAUAUCGGAGAAUGCUUAUAGUACUCGAAUCUAAUGUACAAUACAUGAUAACCCAUUUAUUCCAAUCUAUUGAAUAGUUCACGUUUA